GUGUGGUCCAGAGAGGAGGUGUCUGAUACACUGCGACUCACUUCCCUCACUCACACACACACACACACAGGAGGCACGUCAGUGUUAUAUUAGUCCCUACAUACUGCCACCAUGACAACACUAGCUGCAUGACACCACUAUUAAGAAGAUAAUUCUAGCCUGACGAUAUCACCAGUAAGACGAUAACGUGAGGUUUUCUGCAUUAAGUCAGGAAGCUUGGCUGUGGCAGACUUAUACAAGCAACGUGUCUACUUCUUAGUUUGAAUUAUGACAUAUUAUUGAGUGUGAAGGAAAGUGGUCACUGAAAGUAGCGUCAAGACAUUUUAUCCCGGAAAAAGGUGUUGGAAUGAUCGAAUUGUGACAGUGAGACGCUCCAGAGAACACAUACAAGAUGAGAGAGAAGACUAUUGUGUUGAAGAUGACAACAGUGGUGGUGAUAGUGAUAGCGGCUGUGCUGGUGGACCGUCCUGCUGAUGCCGCCACUACUGAUGCUGACACCAUUAACAGAGACCUCGCCAGCAGGCCGCGUCAAGGUCGGCUGGACCUAGAGAACCUCCCCAGACACCCACUUUACCACUCCAUUCAUUACAACAACCGUCGGGUUCUUACCCUUGGAGGUGCUGAUGAGCUUCCCAACUACGUCGACGACACCAAAGAUGCUCCUGACCAAGAUAAGGUUCCUGACGAUCCCUACGGAGACACUGUGGCAGGCUACAAUCUGCCCGACUCUUUUCCACCAGCACCAUCUUAUGCUGACCCUACACUCCUCUCUGCCGUCAUGAAGCAGGCGGACCAGGCCAACUUCAGGUACCCACUGGCGACGACGGUGCCUCCAGAGACGAACAACUUACUCUCUGCCACUGUCCUUCCAGAGGACAAUGAGAUAAGUCCAUUUGCACUCUUCCCACCACAGUUCCAUGGGUUGCUGGAGAUUCCUCUGCACACCUACUCCAACGGCUCCACCUUCAGUCCCCACCACCGCUACCGUCCAGUUGGCCCCCUUAUCUCCAAGGGCUAUGCCAGCACCAAAAUCCAAGGCAACGCCAACAAUGUUAUCGCACCGGCAAACCAGGACACACAAGUAGCCAACAAUUCGAAUGAAGAGAAGCCCAUAGAGAGAUCUCAGACCACUGCUAGUACAACUGUCUCUUCCCAAAAUUCUUACCACCCAACUGACCCACCGACGACUCCCUCUUCCCCAUCUAUGUCACCAACGGCCCACACUACACAUACUCAACCUACGAUACAGAAUGAUCGCUAUCAACCAACAACUCCACCUUACCACUCUCGGCCAACUAGCCCAUCUUUCCGACCGUUUAUCAAUGUACCAAAUUUGUCACACCCUAAACCCUAUCCUACUCACGCUUCUACUGAUCCCAAGCUGGCCUACAUAGAUUCACAUGAAAAGCCUUCUCCUCCCGCAAGCAUCCCACCACUCAGAUACACACGUCGUCCAUCUGAGGACAACAGAGCCACACGCCGGCCUACAGAAGAUACUAGAAUCACACAUAGCCCAACCAAAAGCAUUAGGACUACACCUCACAUUACCACCACAUUCCAGCCUACUACAACACCUUUCCACACUACGCAACCAUCUACUACUCAGCCAGACAACUUAUGGCACCAUACAUUUGGAAUUACACGGAGACCAUUACAUGAAAAGCCUGUUCGUAUCCCAACAUACGGAACACGAAUUCCCUCGAACCCACAAUUACAUUCAACACGAGCUGAGGAGGAAAUUCCUCCAGUUGAAAAGCCACGCCCAAAUAUCAGUACUCAGUCUAAACCUUCCCUCAUUGAUAAACAAAAAGAAGUGCAGCCAUUCCGUCCCUCUAAAGCUGACCCCUACCUCCCAUCAGGACGAGAGCCGUCAAACUUUACCUCUUUAGUAAACGAAAAUGACUCUGAUCAUUUUGCCACAGGUUCUCCACAGUCAAUCCCCCCAGUGGUAAACACAUUUAGCCUCCCUUCCAGAAGGCCCCACCCUCUACCUACCCUCAAUACAGAGUCAACUAAUACUCCUGCACCACCCUUAUCUUCUCUUCCACAUCCACCCAGCCGACCAUUUUUGCCACCCCCACCUCCACCUCCAUUUGCUAAUCGGCCAUCUAUUCCUCCUAGACGCCCAUCUUCGCCACAUCAACCACCAUCUGCUCCUACAGUCUUUUUACCACCCCCACCCCCACCAUCUGUUCCUGCAGCUUUCUUACCACCUCCACCUUCAUUUUCAGAGCAGCCAUCUGGCCUUCCUCGCCAUGAACGACCUGCCCAAGACCUAUCAAAACUUAAGGAACCCCAGUUUACACUCAGGCCUCCAGCACUCUUCUCGGGUCUCUCCCCACGAUUUAACCCUCCACCUCCCCAACCCACACUGCGGCAGUCUCGUCCUCACGAACUGGGUUUUACGGCUAUGGAAAAUCUCAGUAAGGUACAUCCACCAUUUCAGAUAGUUCCUGCUACAGGUACACUUGCACCCCACCCUCAGGAUGUCGCUGAUCACCCUGAGCCUGGAUUUAAUUUACCUGCGGAAGCGGGAAACCUGCCAAAACGUCGUGUACAAGAUGAAAAUCUCAUUCGACCACAGCCAAAUGUGCUCCCUCAGUUUCGCCCCAAUGCGCCUCCCCAGCAGGAAACUUUCAGUUUUCAGGGCCCUUCAGCAUCUGUGUUCAACACCUCCCCGCGGCCACUACGUCCUGACAGACGUCCAGUGCUAAGCAAGCGUCCAUCUUUCCUAGAAAAUUUUAAUUUUUUUGGACGUGAAAAUGUGAAUCGUCGUGGUGAUGAGACAGGCUCCUUGCUAAAUAAUAACAGUGCUGGAGAUAAGGUGUACACAAAUAAAAAAACAGACACUGUUGGGGUUCAGUAUCAGCUGACUCAGGGGCCCAUCCCUGAACAUGCACAGAAAGUAAUGGUUGUUGGGCCGUUUAAGCAGCCUCCACUUGGUGCACCGAUAAUCAACUUACCCAACGAAGACCUUCCUCCCCCUGUCACUUUUCGGGACGCAUCCUUCUUGCCUCCGCCUCCCCCCCCUUUACCAAGUCUCAGCAUCUCUCCCCCACUGACGAAGAUCCCGGCAGCUGAGACCAGCCACAACACGCCUAUUGCCAUGCCGGUUGAGGAAGUGAAAACAUACCCACUAGAGGCAGUUAAUCGCAUUUCCCCACCCUUGCUCCCUACUCCUCAGGCUUUGGUAAACGCACCACCUACAAUCUGGCCACAUGCAUCCGAGGACAUCACCACAAAGGAAGAUAAGAAACUGCCACUUGUUAUAUACGGGCGUCCCAUGGAUUCUGCGAUAUCUACCUUACACGAAGAUAAAAUCCCAACCGAUGUCAGUUUAUCCCUUAAGGUUCGUGAGGAAAAUGUAAAUAACAGUGCCUCGGCCUCUCAUGUAGUUCCCGUUAGCGGUGUAAUAGAAGAAGUGAGUGAUGAACACAAGGAAGGAAUAAUUGCUGCCAAGAUCAGAUUUCCCCCCAUGCAUGGUGUUGAGAAAGUAGGUGGAGAUAUAAAUGAACAGUUUCCAUCUGGCAUUAUUCCUGUUCCCGUACCAAUUUACCCCCAUCCUGAAACCACAACGCAGUCAUACUCUGACGUUUUCUGGUCCUUCUUAGGUUUUGGCACAUCUAAACCCGAACCUAUAGCUGCUGAUCGACGCAGUGUGCUCCCAAUUCAGCGAGGCACACAUAAACGUAAAAGAAACAAAUCUCGUUCGCCUCGGCCAAGACCAACACCACGGUCACAGCAACGCUCUGCUAAAGUUGAUACCAAGCCUCCAUCACUCCAUAGUCCUCUGCAGUCAUAUGUCUCCAUACCCCGUCCAGUCCCUUUCUCAGGUCCACAAAUUUCACCUCGCCUACCAGUAAUAACUACAAGUUCGACCACAACUGAGACUCAGUCUCCCCUAACACUUACGUUGCCCUCUAGCCCGACACCAACACACUUACAUCAGCUUCCUUCCAGAUCUUCAGACCCUACUGAGUUAAGACCCAUAUAUAGGCACAUAUCCACUACAUCACAAUAUUUGCUUACAACUCAACCUACAGAAAUCGCAAUAGCUCAGUCCACCCCAAAGACAGCUACUCCUUUGUACCUUACAGAAUACAGCUCGCACUAUUCCCACAUUCCGAAUGCACCUAAAGAGCAUGAACACAUAAAGGCAAAUACAGUGGAGUCUUCCUCAUACGGUGGGUGGAAAGCUGUCGAGGUGCCUCCCAAGCCUGCAGAGGAGUCACGUGCUUCUCUCAACCCUGCUGUGGCUUACAUCAGAGAGAACACUCCUGAUGUGAUUAUUAAAGGUCCAGCAACAGACAGAGGUGAACAGAUAGCAACGGGAGUGAUCAGUGACAGAAUGGGAGAGGUAGAUGACCAAAUGGUGCAAUUUUCAUCAAAGCUUAGUGUGGAGACACCUGGUACAGUUCGUAGCUAUUGGGUCAAACCCCCUGCUCUUGUAUAACUUUGAGCAGCCCUGUGUUGGUGCUCUUGGCUUUUAUUUUACAUAAGACACAAAGGAAUGAAAAGGUUUGUGGAAAUAAGUGACUUGAAUGUACAGUAGUUUGGGUACAGGUAAUGCUGACUAAAAUAAUGCUACAAGCAAGGGAAAGACUUUUUUUUAAGAUAAGAUUUCGUUCGGAUUUUUAACCCCGAAGGAUUUGCCACCCAGGAUAAUCCAAGAAAGGCAGUGCAUGAGAUUCAGAUUCAGAUAUUUAUUUCCUUGUAAAGCUUACAGUGUGUGGUUUACAUGUUUACCUGGAGAGAGUUCCUGGGGUCAACGCCCCCGCGGCCCGGUCUGUGACCAGGCCACAAUCGUGCCUAGGCAGACUAAUACUAAUUCUUACGUUAUACUGAUAUAGGUUAUAUUUGAGAAGUACAUUUGAACAUAUUAGAUACAUUCCCAGUUAGGUACAGACAAUUAGGUUUAAAGUAGUUACGUAGUACAAAUAUAAUAUAUUGCAAAUGGUAGAUUUAGUAAUGGGAUUCGAUUUGUCUUGGCAUGUUACAUUGUUUCUAUUAAAGCCAUACUGGAAGAGUAUCUUAGACAAACUUAGGAUUAACUUAGGAUUUAAUAGGACUAACUUAAGAUUUAAUAGGCAAUAGCUAUAUUAGGAAUUUUAUGUUUACAGUCAUUUGGCUGAGUGUAGGUAUAAAUUAUGGGGGAAUUACAGAUAACGAGAGUAAGUCUAUAUUGUUUUGGAUGUGUUCAUGAUACAAAAAAAAAGAGAACUGGGUGGUUUUCAUUCGGUUAGCUGAUGAUGGGGUGUGUUAGGGAGACGAGAUGUUUUUUAACGGUAGUUUUGUAAAAUGGUGGUCAAGUCUGCGGUUCUGGAAUUUUCAGGCAGGGAGUUCCAGAUUUUAGGCCCUUUUAUGUACAUCGAGUUUUUGUAUAGGUUUAGCCGGACGCGGGGAAUGUCAUAGAUUUUUGUGUCUGGUGUGUCUUUGGGUCCUGUUGCAACUAUCAAGAAAUUGUUUUAGUUCAGGGUUAAAAUUAGAGUUUAUGGUUCUGUAAAUAUAGGUUGCACAAUAGUAAGUGUGAAUAUUCUGUAUGGUGAGUACGUUUAGGUCUUUGAAGAGUGGGGAUGUGUGCUGUCUUGCAUUGGAUUAUGUGAUAAUUCUUACUGCGGCUUUCUGUUGGGUUAUUAUUGGCUUUAGGUCAGUUGCUGCUGUUGAUCCCCAGGCACAAAUAGCAUAGGUAAGGUAGGGAUAGACGAGUGAAUAGUAUAGUGUGAGUAGGGCUGAUUGUGGUACGUAUUAACGUAUCUUAGAGGAUCCCAACUGUUUUGGAUACUGUUUUUUGUUAUUUGUUGGAUAUGGGUGUCGAAUUUCAGGUUGCUGUCAAGGUGCAGGCCCAGGAAUUUGCCCUCAUUACAGAAUGUAGGUUUUGUCAGUAUUAAGUGUAAGUUUAAUAGCAGUCAUCCAGGUCAAGAUUUUUACCAGUUCUUCGUUAACAAGUGUUAAGUGAGACAAGAUUAGGGUGGCAGAUGACAUAUGUCGUAUCAUCAGCAAAGAGAAUAGGCUAAGGUGUUGUGAAACAUUAGGUAGAUCAUUGAUGUACACGAGGAAGAGCAGGGGACCAAGGACACUUCCCUGUCUUAAUAGAGACGUAUUGCUGCUUGUUAGGUAGGAUUUGAAAUAUGUAAGUGUGUGGCCUCUUUAGCCAUAAUGCUCAAGUUUGUGGUGCAGGAUGCUGUGGUCUACUGCAUCAGUGCUUUCCUUAGGUUGAUAGUCCUAAUGGAAAUUCAUUUUUUUUUCAAGUGCAGUGUAAAGCAGGUCUAACAUUUUUACAAUUGCGUUGUUUGUGCUCUUCCUUUUUCUGAAGCCAAAUUGGCAGGGGUUGAGGAUGCUUUGAGCUGUUAUAAAGGAGUAUAAUCUCUUGUGCAUAAGUUUUUCGAAGGUUUUGCAUAGAGUGGUAAGUUCGAAAUUGGCCUGUAGUUGUUUACAUCUGUGGGGUCAUCUGAGGACUGUCUUAUUACCAUUGGGGUCCUUGAUCUCUCCCAGGAUGCGACCCACACCAUUCGACUGACACCCAGGUACCUACUUGCUGCUAGGCGAACAGGACAAUAGGUGUAAGGAAACGCGUUGAAAUGUUUCUACCCCGCUGUGAAUCAAACCCGGGCCCUCCAUGUGUGAAGAGAGAGCUUUGCCAGCCAGGCCACAUUAUUAUUAUAAUCAAGGGGGAAGCGCUAAACCCGGGGGAUUAUACAGCGCCUGGGGGGGAUGUGGAAGGCAUUCAGGCUUAAUUCGGGGAACUGGAGCACAGAUCCAAUUCCCUAAAUCAAGAGCCCCUCACCAACAUCACAGCCAGGCCACAGGGUCUGUGGACGCUUGAAUGAAAUUCAUUUUUAAUGAGGAAUUAGAGCAAACCAGUGAUCUACAACUUAACCUUUUGACUUGAGUUUUGCCAAUCCUGGUUUAAAAAUUGUGUGUCAGUGUUAAGCUGGCAAAAACCAUUUUCAAAUUUACUAAGAAUAAUAAAAGUAUUUGUGCACUAAGUAUUAUGUAUUUUGAGCGGGUAAUAUUUACUUUCAGCAAUUUGUUUCAAAAAACUAAUUGCAGUAUGAAAGUGGCCCCGUGGCCUGGCUGGCAAAGCUCUCACUUCACAUGCGGAGGACCUGGGUUCGAUUCCCGGCAGGGUGAAAACAUUUCAACACGUUUCCUUACACCUGUUGACCUGUUCACCUAACGGCAAAUAGGUACCUGGGUGUAAGUCAACUGGUGUGGGUCGCAUCCUGGGGGACAAGAUUGAGGAGCCCAAUGGAAAUAAGACAGUCCUCGAUGACGCACCGCCUUUCUUGGGUUAUCCUGGGUGGCUAACCCUCCAGGGUUAAAAAUCCAAACGAAAUAUUAUCUCAUAUCUUAUCUAAAGUACAUUAAAGUUUUCUGAACACUCAACUGUUGUAGAACACUGUACAGUGGUACCUUGACUUACGAGUUUAGUUUGUUCUGUGACAGCUUGUAACUCAGUUUGCUCAUACUGUAUAUCAAAUCAAUUUUCCUCAUUGAAAUUAAUUGAAAUGCUGUUAGUCUGUUCCAGCCCCCCAAAAAAACCACCCCAAGGGCAGGAGAAAAUACUUCAUUAUAAUGCUAAUAUUAACUCUACUGCUUACUUAUCUAUCACAGUUGAUCUAAUAAGACAUAAUAAACACUAUAAGUAACAUAUACUCUAGAAUGAAUAAAUUAGGCCAUAAUAUGGCGAGUGCCCGGGACCAGUCCGAGUAUAUAAAACCAUUACUGCUCCUUCCUAUAACGUUCUUUGGUCCUGGGUAAGAGAAAACGGAGUUUUUGAGAGGCUAACUGCACUAGAUCACUAGUGCAGUGAUAUAUGAAUAUCUCGAUAGUUAUUGACUUAUUUCAUGAAACCCACCAUUUAUUACUGAAGUAAAUGCAAUAAUAUUGACAGGAAUCAUAAAAAUAUGAUUGUUCUACAACUGGCUUGUGAAAUAUUGGAAAUAUUCCAAAUAUUUUGGGAUUUGUGUGGGUGUAAAGGGCAAGAUAUUUUGCAAAUGUCAAAAGCUUAACUUUAUUUUUUUGUAGAAUAACUAAAGACAAUUACACGAUUACCUCCAGUGAGAACAUCACACUAGCAUAGUUUUAUAAGUACCAAGUCCCAAAACCACCUUUUGUUGUGCUAUUUAGGCUGGGGUUCUUGCCAAAUGUCAUUUUCAGUAAAUAUUUUUCUUUUUCGCUUGUAUCUUGGACUUUGGCUUGCAACUCAAAGCAAAAAAUCAACUGAGUGAUGCUUGUAACUCUGAAAACUCAUAAGUUGGGGCACUCGUAAGUCAGGGUACCACUGUAUACUUUAUGUAAUGAACAGACUUGAGAUGUAAGAUAGCAGAUUUUGAAAUUUGACAUUAUUACUAUGAUUAUAUUAUUAUUUUCAUGCAGAAGUGCUAAAGCAGUAAGGGUCAUACAGCAUCUAGGGAAUGGAAGGUAGGUUUGAUCAGUGCAAAAUGAUCAAACCUACCUCACAUUACAGAGAGUUUGUUAUUAUUAUUAUUAUAAUCAAAAAGAAGCGCUAAGCCAACACAGAGAGUUUGUAAUGUGAGGAAAGUGACAAUCUGACAUGAAGAAUGAAAAUGAAAUAGUAAAAUCAAUUGUGACAUGGUGUCACUCACUCAUUAAUGAAGGUAAAACAUGACACUCUAUACACAAUGUGAUGCGAGUGUUUACACAGUGUUCUUGUACUAUUACCUUUGUAUUAUAUUCAGGAGGAAGGUAAUUAGAUUUGAGCCAAGGGAAUUAUUAUAUUUAAGAAAGGAGGAGGGUAGCAUCAAUUAUACUAGAAUUUAGAAGCCCUCACCAGCAUCAAUAGAUCCCUUGAAGUUAUACUGUACAUUCACAAAAAUAUACUGUACGAGAUCAGUUUUCAAACACUGGCAUGGUGCAUAAGUACUGUGUAUUAAGUAGUACUGUUUAUAUAGUGGUACUGUAUAUUCAUUACUACUCAGUUCACUAAUAUACUAAUGAAGGGAGACUUUGGACAGUUUCAUUUUUUUAAAAAUAAUGCACUUGCUUUAUAUUUAUGUUCACAAAAAAAUCACCAACCCCAUCUUGUAGCUUUAGCUAAAGCCAACCUUCAGUCAGCUCUCGUGUAAUAAUUUUUUCUGGGUACUUGACUGAUUGUAACUAUGAUGACCUAUUCAUAGUGGCUUACUGACCAAGAUAAACAACAUUUCAAGACAUUCAAAAUGCUUUAAAAAUCACAUUUUGCAUCUUUAGACAUUACAAAAACUCAUUUCAUUCAUUUAUAAUUUAAAUGUGGCAUUCAUACACAUCUAUUACACAGAGAAAAAUCUGGUAAUAGAUAUAGAAGUAGGUUAAGUAUAUGUCCUGUUAGUGAAAAGCCAAACAGUCAAGGCUUUUAAACUGUAAUAACAUUGUACAGUAUUAGAACCUUUCCCCCUCCACCCUUAAAUACUGACAAACUUAAUACUUGGCUAAUGUUUGGCAUAUAAAGGCAUUAUAUAAUAAGAUUAUUUACCCUUGUUAAUAUCAUUUACUCUCUUUUGAAAUUCUAUUUUACUCAAGGCCAUGAGAAUGAAUUCAUAGAUUAUUUCUUUGUGGGAAAACAGUUAAGCACAAACAUGUUUGAUUGAACAUAUGGAGCAAUGUUUAUGUAUUUAUCAGUAUGUAACAAGAGAAAUAAUUCCAUGGCCAACAUUUCUUUAUCACUUAUUUCCACAAUAUUGUUAAUUUAAAGCUGUAAACCACAUGGCUCAUAUAGCAAAUGAACUCCUGGGCAGAAAAAGUUGCAGGAACAUGGUAGUGCUGAGGAUAAUAGGGAACAAACAAAGUAGUAUAACAAUACAGGAAUAAAAGCUCAUGCAGUAGAUUGACAAUUAAAUUUAAAAUGGUAUUUGUAUAAAAGAUGAAAGUGUUGCCAGUAGGGCUGACAAAUGUUUCAUUUCAGAUUAUUUGUCACUUGCUGCAUCAUGUAACUGUCACAUCACACACCCCACAAUAACACUGAAUUUUCCUUUUGAUGUGAUAUUUUGUUAAAAUAUAUUUUUCUUCAUUAUUAUUCACAUACAAAACACUAAAUCUAUACGAGUAGAACAAAAUCUCCCCCCCCUUGUACUACUGGUAACCAUUCAUUCAACUUGUUAAUACAUGACAGAUUUGAGCAGUUACAUAUACAUUCAUUUUUCUACUUUCUGCUAACAAUGAUCAAACUCUACACCUAACUUGAAUUUUACUGCUUUUUCAAGUGGACACAUGUUCGUGUAUUUCUUAAUGUAUUAUAUUCACAAAAAGUAUAGGUUUGGAAUAAACCUUGGUUUCUGCAGAAAGCUAAAAUUUAAUGUGCAUUAUUAUGCAAUUGUAUUCCUCUGUACCUGAAAAUUCUUGAAAUACCAGGUAUAUUUUUUUU